ACUGCAAUCUGAAUCGGUCGGACACUUGCGCUCACAAUCUCAACUGUCUGUUCGCGUGCACUCUGCUGCUUUCUAAAUUUAGGGCACCAUCAAUAGCAGCAGCAGCAGCACCAUCAAUUCACUGACGGGACGCACGAGAGAGUAGCGCGUGGGUAUUAGCUAAUCGGCCAGCGGCAUUGGCAGAGAACGGAUUCCGAUGCACCCGUUGGUGUGCUUUGUGUAGUGGAAAUGUUGGCCUCAGCUUUUUAUUACUGUUGAACGAGGGUUGCGUAAAGUUUGUUGCGGUCUUGUGGUAUCGAGGCAUUCGGCGGAGAAGCACUGUUAUUGAGAAAGCAGUGUAUUGGUCAUUUAUUAUUGCUAUCGGUGGCAGCUUGAAAUAUAAAUAUAAUCAGGGAAAGAAGAUAGCAUUUUUAGCCGCUAAACAUUGCUAGAAAGUGUGUCUCGCUCAUGCAAUGAAAGUGAGCUUCCUCUGACGACUGCUAUUGAAUACUAGAGGCUAGAAGUAAUUAAUGAAUGCUCUGCUGAUUGGUUAGCCACACAUACAGAUACACAGAAACUGCGACAACGUCGGCUUUAACAAGCACUACGCCGAAACUCGUGUCGUCUGGCUAACAAAACAAUAAAGGCCCAAAAACGCACAUAAAAUGGAUUCACUUAAAAUUCCAAAAGGUGGCAAUAGCAAUGCGGCAGGUGGUGGCGGCAAGCCCACUGGCAGUGUACCAAUCACCGUCCGAUUUAAUGCUGGCGAUGAAUGUAUUGACGAUAUAUUUCAGACAUUUCACAACAGCAACAACAGUGGCGCUGGCGCUGGUGGAGGAGCCGGUGGUAAUGGAAGCGGGGGUGGUGGACCAAAUGUUGGCGGUGGGGAUUCCCUAUCGAGCAGCCCGUCACAACAUCACCAGCUGCAGGCACAACAAAAUGUGGAUGAUGUAAAUACAAGGAAUAAUUUUCUGCAAGGCAAUUUCUUCAAUCGCAAAAGAUCGGGUAGCAUCGAAGGCCUUUCACCCACCUCUUCAGGGCCAAAUCUAAUAGCAGCGCUGUCUGGUGAUACAGCGUCUGUUGGAACAUGGAAAUUAAUUAAGGGUAAAGUUUCACAAACAUUUGAGGAUAUAAAGUCUUCGAAAAGCAGCGCUCAGGCUUUGUCGACAUCAGCGCCCAAAGCGGAGAGUCCACGCCAACCAUUCAAACAAUUACCCAACGACCCGGAUUCCGAUCCCGAGAAUCCCACAACACGUUCUUCCAUCAGCGACGACCUGCCACUUGACUGGGAACGUAAGUCGGGCUAUCUCAAAGGCGGCGAUUCUGAUUCCUCACUAGACGGUGAACAAUUAUUGCUUGAAGGGGAGGUUGAACGAUCGCGCUUGCGUCGUGGUCUAGCAAAUCUCAAGUCUAAAGUCAAAUCAAAAGGACACCAACACUCUCAACAACAACCUCAUUCACAUUCCCAACAGCAAACCGGUCUUGCGACUGCAGCACUUUCAUCGGCUACAAUUUCCACUGCAUUCGGCACCGCCUCCAUUAAACCAAUGAAGAAGGAAUCGAGCGGUUCUAAUGCGUCUUCGACGGGUUCAUUGCGCGAUGCAUUUUUGCGUCGACGACGUCCAUCGCCGACGGAUCAGACCGAUCGAGAAGUGGUGGUGCCACGAUUGGAGCCCCAUGAAGCGGUGCCGAAGGACAAUAAGGCGAUUGGGAAGACCAAAAAGCGAGGAAUAAUAGCAGGCAAAAAAGAGGUAGAAAUCGAGUCGGGCGUAGAAAUGAUGGAGGACACAUUACCAACUUUACCAGAUGACUCAAAGGUUGCCGACGAAAAGCCUACUACAACCUCUGGACGUCUGCGUAAUGAUUUACAUCUGCAUUUUGGGAAAGCAGAAGAAGGCAGUGAAAAUCAACGCUCACCACGGACGCCCGGCGAAGCGGCGGAGCACGCGAAAUGGCAACAGGAAGUGGACACACUGAGACGUGCGGCAGAAAUACUGCGAAGCGAAGAAGAAAGUCAGCGCGACAUUGGAUCAACGCGGAAGUUCGCUGCCAGUAUGCCUAUAAGUCGCGUGGCAAUUCUUUUGAUGGUAUUGUUCCUGCCUGUGCAUGGCUUUAUACGCGGCGUUCUGGCGUGUUUGAUGAGUUUCGCCAUUGCCGACUCGUUGAGUAUACUAGCACAAUCUUUUAUUUACAAAUUCUUCCAAACGCAUCCCGAACAAUCCGACUUCGAGAUACCAGACUACACGAAGAUGCCAAUUUGUGAGGUGCCUGCAGUUGAAGAGCACAAGACAGUGAAGUCAUACACAGGUUGGAUGAACGAAGUUUUCAGCUACGACCCCUUAACAUUUCAUAUAUCGCAGACCAAUUCGGUUUAUUUGAGACUCGAUGGCACCAUUUUACGUGUCUCAACCACAACGUCCCGCGUACCCAAGCGGGUCAUGUGGAACGAGCCACCCAUAGAUAUAAAGCAUAUGCAAUUUAGCGCACAUCGCACAUUCAAUUUACUCGGCUGCAGUAUUGAACUUUUGCCAUUGGGUUUGGCGCGCAAGCGGUAUUUUAAUCGAAAGUAUCCGAUACAGUUGAUUAUCAAAAAAGGCAGCGAAGACGAUAUGCAUCUAGAUCUUUCGGAAAAUCCUUCAAUCCUUCACUCUGCCAGAGGUAGUAGAUCAGAACUGAUAUCAAUGGAUAGCAGGCUAUCCCAGGUUUCCAACGAUUUUAUGGAACAAUAUACGGAUUUAAAAGAAACCGAAUCUAGUUCGCAUGAUGUUGACUUCGCAUCCGCCGUUAUGAAUGCCGAUUUGCGGCAAUUACAAGACAACACACAGAACAACGAUAAUCUUAUACCAUGCGGCGAUGAGGUGCGUCUCAUACUCUUUGCGCGUGCCGAUCGCGAGAAGGAGGACUGGUACCGGCGUUUUGUGGCAGCAAGCGAGGGCGAUGUGCACGAACAAGUGCUGCGUCUGCCUAACCUAAAAUUAGUAGACGAUGCCGAGUUGCAGAGGGCUGUUGCAAAAGCGUCACAAAUGCCUUUGGAUCCCAGUGCUAAGCGAGACAUUUCUUCAAUGGAACAGGACAAUAACGGGGAUAAUGAGUCCCACGUACUACCUCCGGAUAUGGCACCGCCAUUGGUUGUUGAAAGUAAAACAGAGAAGAGCGAAACGUUCAAGGAUAUUCCCGAUGAUAUGGAAGGGGUGCCCACCCCAACUGAUACCUUCGAAGGUUUACUCAUGAGUUCCAGUGCUGCGCGCAAUCCGUCAGACUACAUACGUUUUAUGGCUAUUUAUCAGGCCGCUUGUAAAGAAGAUAAAAUUCCAGUUUAUGUCGACGCAAGUCAAUCGGAAAAAUACAAGAAAUCACGUCGAAGUAGGCGCCAUGCGAACGAAUUGUGGAAAGGUAUUGAUCAGUCGUUAUUUUUGGGACCUUCCGGUAGUGUUGUAUGGGCCAAUGUGUUAAUUGGACGUGUUCUCUAUAGCUGCCUGCACGAUAAUAUGGUGAAAGAUAAGAUCAAAGAAUUACUGCAGAAAAAAAUUAGCGCUAUUAAG